AUGGACAUGAACCUGACGCGUCCAGACAACGCCACCCUCCUGAUGCUGCGGGAUCCGGCCAUCGCGGUGGUCCUGCCGGUGGUGUACUCGCUGGUGGCACUCAUCAGUAUCCCGGGCAACUUGUUCUCCCUGUGGGUGCUGUGCCGCCACAUCGGGCCCAAGACACCCUCGGUCAUCUUCAUGAUCAACCUCAGCGUCACGGACCUGAUGCUGGCCUGCGUGCUGCCCUUCCAGAUCUACUACCACUGCAACGGCAACCACUGGGUGUUCGGCGAGCUGCUGUGCAACGUGGUGACCGUGGCCUUCUACGCGAACAUGUACUCCUCCAUCCUCACCAUGACCUGCAUCAGCGUGGACCGCUUCCUGGGCGUCGUGUACCCGCUGGCCUCCGCCCGCUGGCGCUGCCGUCGCUACGCCGCGGCUGCCUGCGCCGGCACGUGGCUCCUGCUUCUGGCCGCCCUGUCGCCGCUGGCCCGCACGGACCUCACCUACGCCGUGGAGGCGCUGGGCAUCGUCACCUGCUUCGACGUCCUCAAGUCCACCAUGCUCCCCAGCGUGGCCACGUGGGCGGCGUUCCUCUUCACCCUGUUCGUCGUGCUCUUCCUCAUCCCCUUCGUGGUCACCGUGGCCUGCUACACGGCCACCAUCCUUGCGCUGUUGCGCUCGGCCGACCGCCACGGGGAGGCCCGGAGGCGGCGCGCCGUGUGCCUGGCGGCCGUGGUGCUGCUGGCCUUCGUCACCUGCUUCGCGCCCAACAACUUCGUGCUGCUGGCCCACGUGGUCAGUCGGCUGUUCUUCGGCCGCAGCUACUACCACGUGUACAAGCUCACGCUCUGCCUCAGCUGCCUCAACAACUGCCUGGACCCCUUCGUCUACUACUUCGCCUCCCAUGAGUUCCAGCUCCACAUGCGGCGCUACCUGGGCUACAGGCCCCUGGCCACCGGCAGCCCCGAGGCGCGCUGCGAGAGCCUCGGCUCCGGCCGCACGCUGUCCGUGCGCUCCGCGGAGGGGCUGGACGCCGCCGGCCGGCCCAGCGUCAAGCGGCAGGAGAGCGUCUUCUGA